GCCGACAUCACGUGCAGCAGUACGAAACAGUCCGUCGGCGUAAUAUUUACGCGUACGAAUUUUGUCACGCUCAAGUACGUGACAGAUUCGUGGGGCACGCGUGUCAACGGUUUUAGAUUAAUUAUAACCGCCUUCAAAGAUCCUUUCCACAAUUGCAGGGAGUUCAAAUGUCAAACGAUGUCGCAAUGCAUCUCCAACGACCUGGUGUGCGACAACAUCAACCACUGUCCCGACGGUACGGACGAAGCGACGACGCCAACUUGUCAAGGUGCUUCGUCCUUAACGCUGUUGGGCAUUAACAUCACCAUACUCGUGGUCGCCUCACUCGUCGUAGUCUCCAUACUGGGCGUGUGUGUCAUUGUGUUGACCGUUUACUGCAUAUGUUACCGGACGUCGAACGGUACGAUCCCGACUUCCAGGCACAACGCCGCAUUACACGACACGUCAAAUCAUUUUCAAAUGAUUGGCGUAAAUGGAAUUGGACGGUCGGGAAACUGGCAGCACCCUGCGGGCCAACAGCUAGGGUACAGCUCGGCACGGGUCCGUCUCUACUGCCAGGCAAAGUGAAAUAUACUGGCUCUGACAGCGAUAUUUCCUCAGCUCAUAAAGAGGAAUGGUUCGUGUAGGGAUGGCCUAAUCCGUAGCCCAGCAGGGUGUUACCGGUAGUACCUCGCCAGGCCGGCAAAUGCAGCAUUCGGAUUGCUGCACUUUCCUAUAAACUUUUUUUUUGCCUAUAAUAUUUAUGUUAAAAAAAAAUAUACUUCAUCAGUUUUUAUAUACUUUUAUUUCCAUUUCUUUUCUAAAAAAUAAAAAU